UAUUCAGAAAAAGGGAUUGAAUUGCUAAUCUUUUUUUUUUUUUCUUUAACACAGAAAGUCCCUUUACAGAAUCCUCCUAUUAAGUGGGCUGAAGGACAUAAGGGAGUAUUUAAUAUUGAAGUGCAAGCUGUUUCCUCUGUUCACACCCAGGACAACCACCUGGAGAAGUUCUUCACUCUCUGCCACUCCUUGGAGAGCCAGGUGACCUUCCCCAUCCGCGUGCUGGACCAGAAGAUCAGUGAGACGACGCUGGAGCAUGAGCUGAAGCUCAGCAUCAUCUGGCUCAACUCCUCCCGCCUGGAGCCCCUCGUGCUCUUCCUGCACCUGGUGCUGGACAAGCUCUUCCAGCUGUCCGUGCAGCCCAUGGUCAUCGCCGGCCAGACAGCCAACUUCUCCCAGUUUGCCUUUGAGUCCGUGGUGGCCAUCGCCAACAGUCUGCACAACAGCAAGGACCUGAGCAAAGACCAGCAUGGGAGGAACUGCCUGCUGGCCUCCUACGUGCACUACGUCUUCCGCCUGCCCGAGCUGCAGAAGGACCUGCCCAAGUCAGGUGGCCCCACUGCUCUCGCGGACCCUCGCUACCACACGUAUGGACGCACUUCUGCAGCUGCGGUGAGCUCGAAGCUGCUGCAGGCCCGGGUGAUGAGCAGCAGUAACCCGGACCUCACCGGGACACACUCUGCCGCUGACGAGGAAGUGAAGAACAUCAUGUCCUCAAAGAUUGCUGAUCGCAACUGCAACCGGAUGUCUUACUAUAGCUCUGGCAAUAAUGAUGUUCCGAGUGCAACCGGAGCCCCAAGGCCAACCAGCAAAAAGCAUUUCCAUGAGGAGCUUGCCCUGCAGAUGGUGGUCAGCACUGGAAUGGUGAGAGAAACAGUCUUCAAGUACGCCUGGUUCUUCUUCGAGCUCCUGGUGAAAAGCAUGGCCCAGUAUGUACACAACAUGGACAAACAGGACAAUUUUCGGAGGACUCGUUUUUCCGACCGUUUCAAAGACGACAUAACUACCAUUGUUAACGUGGUCACCUCGGAGAUUGCAGCCCUUUUAGUAAAGCCUCAGAAGGAAACUGAACAGGCGGAGAAGAUCAACAUCAGCCUGGCUUUCUUCUUGUAUGACCUUCUCUCACUUAUGGAUCGUAGCUUUGUGUUUAACCUCAUCAAACACUAUUGCAACCAGCUGUCAGCCAAGCUGAACAACCUCGCGACGCUCAUCUCCAUGAGGCUAGAGUUCCUGAGAAUCCUCUGUAGCCAUGAACAUUACCUCAACCUGAACCUCUUCUUUAUGAGCUCGGACACUGCUCCAGCAUCUCCCUGCCCCUCCAUAUCUUCCCAGAACUCGAGUUCCUGCUCCAGUUUCCAGGACCAGAAGAUCGCCAACAUGUUCGACCUGACUCCUGAGUUCCGCCAGCAGCACUUCCUCACCGGCCUUCUCUUCACGGAACUGGCUGCUGCCCUGGAUGCGGAAGGGGAAGGGAUCAGCAAAGUGCAAAGGAAAGCUGUCAGCGCCAUUCACAGCCUGUUAAGUUCUCACGACCUUGACCCGCGCUGUGUCAAACCAGAAGUGAAGGUCAAAGUCGCUGCCCUUUACUUGCCUUUGGUUGGCAUCAUCUUGGAUGCUUUGCCGCAGCUCUAUGACUUUACAGCUGCAGAUGCCCGUAGUGGAAAAAACCGCGCCAGUGGUUCGGAUGAAGAACAAGAUGGGACCAGUGGAAUUAACCAGAAUGUGGCCCUGGCCAUAGCUGGGAAUCACUUUAAUUUGAAGACAAAUGGACCCAUGCUGUCUUCCUUGCCCUACAAGCAGUACAACGUGCUGAAUGCCGACACAACCCGAAACCUCAUGAUCUGCUUCCUCUGGAUCAUGAAAAAUGCAGACCAGAGCCUCAUUAGGAAGUGGAUUGCUGACCUGCCCUCCAUGCAGCUCAGCAGGAUUUUAGAUCUCCUUUUCAUCUGUGUCUCGUGUUUUGAGUACAAGGGAAAGCCGAGUUCUGACAAAGUCAGUACCCAAGUCCUGCAGAAGUCGAGGGAUGUCAAGGCCAGGCUGGAAGAGGCUUUGCUCCGCGGAGAAGGGGCCAGAGGGGAGAUGAUGCGGCGCCGGGUCCCAGGGAAUGACCGAUUUUCAUGCCUAAAUGAAAAUUUGAGAUGGAAGAAGGAGCAGACAAAUUGGCGGCAAGCUAAUGAGAAGCUAGAUAAAACAAAGGCAGAGUUAGAUCAAGAAGCCUUGAUCAGUGGCAAUCUAGCGACAGAAGCAAAUUUAAUCAUCCUGGACAUGCAGGAAAACAUUAUCCAGGCAAGCUCGGCUCUGGACUGCAAAGACAGCCUGCUGGGAGGUGUUCUAAGGGUUCUGGUGAAUUCUCUGAGCUGUGAUCAGAGCACCACCUACCUGACUCACUGCUUUGCAACACUCCGUGCUCUCAUUGCCAAGUUCGGCGACUUGCUGUUUGAGGAGGAGGUGGAGCAGUGUGCGGACCUGUGUCAGCGAGUGCUGCAUCACUGCAGCAGCAGCAUGGACGUCACCCGGAGCCAAGCCUGUGCCACCCUCUACCUCCUCAUGAGAUUCAGUUUUGGAGCCAUCAGUAACUUUGCAAGAGUAAAGAUGCAGGUAACCAUGUCUCUGGCAUCUUUGGUGGGCAAAGCACAAGACUUUAAUGAGGAGCACCUGAGAAAAUCCUUGAGGACCAUUUUGGCCUAUGCAGAAGAGGACAAAGCCAUGCAGACCACUCUUUUCCCCACCCAGGUCGAGGAACUUCUCUGCAAUCUGAAUAGCAUCCUAUAUGACACAGUGAAAAUGAGGGAAUUUCAGGAAGAUCCUGAGAUGCUUAUGGAUCUCAUGUACAGAAUUGCCAAGAGUUACCAGACAUCUCCCGACCUGCGGCUGACCUGGCUCCAGAACAUGGCAGAGAAACACUCCAAGAAGAAGUGCUACACGGAGGCCGCCAUGUGCCUGGUGCACGCGGCUGCCUUGGUGGCGGAAUAUCUGAGCAUGCUAGAGGACCACAGCUACCUGCCCGUGGGCAGCGUCAGCUUUCAGAAUAUUUCUUCCAAUGUGCUGGAGGAAUCUGCAGUCUCUGAAGAUACCCUGUCGCCGGAUGAGGAUGGCGUGUGCUCAGGCCGCUACUUCACCGAGAGCGGCCUGGUGGGCCUCCUGGAGCAGGCGGCCGAGCUGUUCAGCACGGGAGGAUUGUAUGAGACAGUGAAUGAGGUCUACAAACUGGUCAUCCCCAUCCUGGAAGCGCAUCGAGACUUCCGGAAGCUGACCUGCACUCAUGACAAGCUGCAGAAGGCCUUUGACAGCAUCAUUAGCAAGGGUCAUAAGAGAAUGUUUGGAACCUACUUCCGAGUUGGUUUCUAUGGAUCCAAAUUUGGGGAUUUGGAUGAGCAAGAAUUUGUUUACAAAGAGCCUGCAAUUACCAAGCUUCCUGAGAUCUCUCAUAGACUAGAGGGAUUUUAUAGUCAAUGCUUUGGUGCAGAAUCUGUGGAAGUGAUAAAAGACUCUGCUCCUGUAGACAAAACCAAGCUGGAUCCUAACAAGGCCUACAUACAAAUCACCUUUGUGGAGCCUUACUUUGAUGAGUAUGAGAUGAAAGACAGGGUAACCUACUUUGAGAAGAAUUUCAAUCUGCGGAGGUUCAUGUACACCACCCCCUUCACCCUGGAGGGGCGGCCGCGGGGAGAGCUGCAUGAGCAGUACCGGCGGAAUACCGUGCUGACCACCAUGCACGCCUUCCCCUACAUCAAGACCCGCAUCAGCGUCAUCCAGAAGGAGGAGGCUUACAGGGUAGUUGGAGAAGGCACACCUGAUGCCAAAAUCUUGCGUUAUAGUGGGAAAGAAAAUCUUGAGUGCUCUAUUUUUAAUAGCAUGGAUUUUAAAUGUAGACAUUAUUACGAUCAGAUUCUGGCCUUCUCGCUUACUACCUGUGUCAUUUUUAUGGCACUGUCUUCACCUUACAACUCCCUCUUGGACUAUAAAAUGGAGAAAAUAAGGAGGUUGUUUAAAGGAGUAAAUAGUAAGCGUAUGCAAAGUUCUUGGAACAUAAUAAGCCUGAGACCUAACAUGAAGCGAGUCAUGAGAAGUCUAGAAGUCAGACAUACCUGUAGCAGGAACAGCAAGUGCAAAGGCUAUAAGGGAAGACCAAGCUUGCUGUGGACACAAGAGGCUGAUUUGGCUGUAUUAUUUUCCUACUUUCUCCUUCAGGGACCACUGGAAGUAGCCCAAGUGUUUUUGGCCGAAAUUCCAGCUGACCCAAAACUCUAUCGACAUCACAACAAGUUGAGAUUAUGCUUUAAGGAAUUCAUCAUGCGAUGUGGUGAGGCCGUGGAGAAAAACAAGCGUCUCAUCACAGCUGACCAGAGGGAAUAUCAGCAGGAACUCAAAAAGAACUACAACAAGCUGAAAGAGAACCUCAGGCCCAUGAUCGAGCGGAAAAUUCCAGAUCUCUACAAGCCGAUAUUCAGAGUUGAAAGUCAAAAGAGAGACUCCUUCCACAGAUCUAGUUUCAGGAAAUGUGAAACCCAGUUGUCACAAGGCAGCUAAGAAAGGCUGUCUACACCCACGGAGACUGAGGCUCUGCGACCCCAGACAAGGACUCACCGGUACUGAAACCACUGGACGUUGGCCACGCAGGACAGACUCAUGCUCCCUGGCCAGACAGCACUCUAGAAGAUUUGGGGUCCAAGUGACCCCAUGGGGUAUUUUUUCCAUUUGGGAGGGGGGGUGAGGGUAGCCGAGGGUGGUUAAUCAGAAUGCCUGUGUAUUUAUUAAAGAAUCGUUUUCCACAGUGUUGAACAAAACAAGUCAUACACACAUCUCCUGCUGAGUGAUCAGUUAUUGUCUACCUGGAAGGUGACUUUCCUCUGGCCCGUAUUAGGAUUUAGAGGAUCAAUCCAAAUUUCCCAAGGGAAAAUGGAAAAGUUGCCCACCAGCCUAUUCGAAGUGAACCUCAUUCAUCCCCUCUUUAUGGGAAAAGAGGGUGAGCGUGCAGGGGUGCAAACCAUGUUCAACAAAUCUAUGAGGGCCUUAAGGAUCUAAGAAUCAUGAUGGUUGGAAACUUGGGGACAGAUUAAUUAUUUGUGAACUCGUUACCCUUUUGGUAGCGGUGAACUAUUGUUAUACAGUUGUUUUUGCUUUAUUGUUACUGGUAAGUUAAUUUAACCUGUGUUUCUAGAGGAACACACUCGCACUGAUUUAGGAGAUACAUGGUACUCUGAGCGGCAUUCCCUUAAAUUGAAACCAUUUUCCUGGUGCUUUGCAUUUUUUCUUAUGCUCCAACUUGCUCAUUCUUUCUCUCCUCCUCAGUGGGACCAAGUUUAUCUUUAUAAAAGGGUAAUAUCUCUGCUUUCAUAUCGGCACACUGUGCUGUACGCUAGCAUAUGCAUAUCACAUACAGUCUUCUUUGACUUCUUGUGACAAUGUACUUUAGGAGAAAGAUGAACAAAAUUAUUAUUUGAGAAUUAAAUUAUAUAUUUUUAAUAUGACUGAUUACCUUGACUGGUAUUAAAAAUGUACUAAGAGUUGUAAACAAAAAGUUUCCCCUUGCAACUUGUGCUUUUUGUACUGACAACUCGUAAUGCUUUGUACAGCACUUCAGAGAUGAAGAAACAUGGGUGACUGUGGCCUUGGCCAAUCAGUGCUGUCCAGGGUCGGACCUCUUCUGCAAUACUUAUUCUUGGUGCUCCUGAGACAGAAUUUAAUUUGGAUAUGCCAGAACUUUUUGUUUAUAUCAUCAGGUCUGCAUGAAUUUAUAUCUGGAGAGGGACUUUUUUUUGUUUUUAAUUACUAAAGCUUAAGUUUAAGUGACAAACUUUGUUUUUUAAGCAUUCAGGGCAGAACUCUUUUUAAACUAUAUUAUAUACUUAAUUGCUUUCUUAAAUGAGUAUACAUGAUGUAUAUUUCAUAUCAUUCCAUAUGUUGUUUAGUAUCUUCUGUGUGGGAACUCCUGAGUGAGAUGAAGGUUAAAUACCAUUGUCACUACCCUCCAAAGUGUCUCCAUUUAGUGAGGAAGAGGCUCUGUAUGCGAUGUGUAUAGCCGUAACACACAGCAGUCUACAACAGGCCUAUGGAAUAUAACGUUUCCUGGGGGACUCGGGAUGGCCAUCAUUAUCAGCACCUAUUCUAUUCUGCUCUCAAACAACAGGCUUAGGUGCUAAGUUAUAGGGGGCUGGCUUUUAAUGCUGCAAGCCCUAAUAAUCCUAAUAACCUAAGAUAUUCCUGACUAAAUGUCCCUGCUUUUAGAUACCUGUUGGUAUCUUUUUUUACACAGUUGGUGCCACUUGCUGCCCAAGUGCAGGAACUGUGUUCACUGCUGCAUUGCUGUUCCCUGGCCCAGUGCUCAUCACACAGAAGAUCCUCAAUAAAUACUGGUUGAAUGACUAAGUG